AUGAGUGGAAAUACAGAGUCAACGGCAAAUAGCUUCAAAUUUGCCCCUAUGCCGAUAUCUGCACUACUAGCCAACUUGGUGCCUCUUCAGAAAUCAUCGGACAGUCCUGACACCAGUUUUACCUCCGGAGAAGAAAGCGACAAUUCAUUUAGUGAAACUGUUGCAACUGUUGCAAAGAAACCAUCGCCUCGAAAAACAAACAAUGGGUUUCGUACACCUAAUGCUCGUGUGACAGAAGUCAACAAGGAUAUCAAGGGUUACGCUUCAGAGAGAAAAGUGACGAAUAAAGAUCAUGACAAGGAAAAUUUUAAAAAAGAUUUAGCGUUUAAUCUAUCGUGUCCCAUUAAAGAUAGUAACAUAAUUCACAAUGCUCAGUCAAACUCACAGAAAAAUGUUACAUCAUCUGUACAAUCUACCUCAGAAGUUAAAAACCGUGGUGUGCUUAUGCCACAUAAUGCUAUCAACAGGAUCCAUCAAAAUAAACAUGGUUCUGUGCAUAAAAAGACUCCUGAAAUGUCUAAAAUGCCCAUUAGUAGUCAAAAAAAGUCUGCAACUCCUAAAAUAAAGUCUGGUAUUAGAAAAUUUACACCUUCUUCUGCUAAAAAAAGUCAAAAGAAAACUCCACAGAAAGUUUUAACUCAAAAUCGAGACAAGGUGAGAUGUGAGCUAUUUACUCAGAACUCAAAAGAAGAAGCACCAUGCCCUGUACCACGAGUGGAGAUAGCAUCUACUCCAGCACCUGUACCAGAGACACCAGUUAAUAGGAAAGCGAUGCCUGCUUCAUAUGUGGCUACACCAUCUUACCCACAAGGUGCUGUUGGUAAUAAUUCCAAGAUACUUUUUAAGACUACUAGCAUAAAGGAUAAGAAAUAUUUGUUUAUAAAAAAAUUAGGAACUGGAGGAUCCAGUGAAGUGUACAAAGUUUUAGAAGUUGGCACAUCUUGUGAAUAUGCUGUCAAGUGUGUCUACCUGGCAACUGACCAAGAGCUGGCUCAGGGCUACAUCAAUGAAGUGAGACUACUGCGAGAGUUACAAAAUUCUGACAGAGUAAUCAGGCUAUAUGACUAUGAGUAUGAUCGCGCUAACCAAUUCCUGCGUCUGGUGCUGGAGGUGGGAGAGACAGACCUGUCGUCGUUCCUGCGCGCACGCGGCGCCGGCCUACCGCCUGCGCUCGUGCUGCACUACUGGGAGGAGAUGCUGCACGCCGUCCACUACAUACAUCAACAUGGAGUGAUUCAUGCGGAUUUGAAGCCAGCCAACUUUCUGCUGGUGUGUGGGCGGCUGAAGCUGAUCGACUUCGGUAUCGCGUCGAGCAUCAGCAGCGACGCGACAAGCGUGGUGCGGUCGCAGGCCACCGGCACGUACUCUUACAUCAGCCCCGAGGCGCUCAUGGGCGGUGCCGGCGGGUAUGGCGUCUCCGCCGCUGAUGGCAACGCACCUAUCAAGGUACGAUUUGAUCAACAGUCAACAGUAUCAACUGAUCUCUUAUAUAUAUCGAGUAGCUCGGUGGCGUAGUGGAUAAGCGCCGCGGCCCGCGAUCGUUGUCGUUAAGCAACUUUCGCAAGGGUCGGUCACGAGAUGGGUGACCAAAUAAUUAUUAUCUCGAGCUACUCUGUGCUUCGGAAGGCACGUUAAGCCGUUGGUCUAUGCUGCAUUUGCAGUCGUUAAUACCCUCCAAUCCGCAUUGGGCCAGCGUGGAGGGUCAUGGCCCAUCCUCCUUAACCAUCCAUAAGGAAGGCCUGAGCCCUGCAGCGGGGACGUAAAAGGGGCUGAUGAUAUAUCAUGUGACUUAGGUACACAAAACAGACUUCAGGGGUUUUGAGGAAUUAAUAUAAAUGA